GGUCUAGGCCAAUUGGGGAAGUUAGUCCCUUUUCAUUAGAAUUUGUCAGUGUCAGAACAACUGAAGAUAAUCAACAUCUGGCCAGACAGACCGCUAUCUCACUGAUCAUGUUUGUGGCCUCCGAUGUGCGGGUCCUCAUCAACUACCUCGCCUUCGCUGGAAGUGUGUUCGAGCUGGGAUGCAUCGGGGCUUUCUUCUGGUUCCGAAUCAAUCAACCAGAGCGUCACAGACCCAUCAAGGUGUGGCUUGGAUUCCCAAUAAUGCACCUGAUCAUCAUGGGAUUCCUGACGGUGUUUCCAGUAAUACGCCAGCCUCUGGAGGUGGUAGCGGCGCUGGUGGUCAUCGGCACGGGUAUCCCAGUCUACUACCUAUCCAUCCACCGCCAGGAUAAGCCCAAUAAACUUCUCUACGCCAUGGAUAAAGUGACCUAUGUGUGUCAGAUGCUGUUCCUGGCCGUGCCUGAGGAAAGGAUAAAUUGA